GUCCCGUGCAACCCACGCAAAAUCGAGAUAAUGUGAUUGAGCUGCAUACAUUGGAUGAUAAUAAUAGUGCAGAAGAUCUUGAACCCACAGAUCAAAAUGCCAUGGUAUUACACCCCAUGUACCAACCCGCACAAGUCACACCUCCUGCCAUGGAUCUCUCCCCACCCGCUGAAUUCUUACAAGAGGUUUAUGACGAACCCGAGAUAUUGGAUACGUCAACCCGCGUGGUGACACCCAAGCUAUCGGAAGCCAACACCUUGGUUACUUCAGAGUUCAUCCAAUCAUCACCAUCUCCCCUUCAACCUAUCACCAGCAAUAUCUUUCCCGCCUCCACCAAUGUGAAAGACGUAGAAUCCAAAGACUUUCCCAUGGAGACUAAUUUUCGUAAAUCUACAUCUGUACCCACUGAAUCUGACUUUAAAACCAAAUGCAAGAGAAUGAUCCGUAAUGCCAAAGGAUUAGUCUGUAAACCCACUAGUCCCAAACCAACGGUAAAAAAAAACAAAAAAGACAUAUACGUCUUGCUUUUUUUAUUGUUUGUCAUUAAUAAUCAUUACUCUUUUUAUAGACUGUUAGAGCAGCAGCAGCAGCAGCAGCAGCAGCACCGGCAGCACCGGCAACAGCAGCACCGGCACCAAUAGUAAUAGCAAAAGCGGCAGUAAGUAUGCCAUCACCGCCUGUCAAGCAUGUUACACAAGAUCGUCCUACUUUGAGACCGAUUGACACGAGUUGUAAGUAAAAUGGGGGCAGCCGGGGUGAGGGGAAGAUGUUUUUUUAUUUGUUACUGAACGAAAAAGAAAAUAAUUUAGUUUCACCGUUGUUUAUGAAGAAGGAGGAAGUAUGUAGUACACCGAUUUAUCUUCGACAUCACACAACAAGCCAAGCGCGUGUAGAAGAAAAGGAACCUGCUGUGUAUGCAUCCCCUGUGAAG